AUGGAAGGAAGCGAAUCUGAAUCAAUAAAAAUAGCAGAACGCAUUUUAAGUGUGCUAGGAGAGAUCUGGAGUAAUAAUAAUCCAGCAUUUGCGACUAGCACGUCUCGUAACCAACAAAGUGAGGGGACAUAUGUAACAGAUGUUAUAGUUCCAUUACUUCGUGCAAGUUUGGAAAACCUUCCAAAUGGUUACAUCUGCUUGAGCACAGCAGAACGCCAGAGUAUUGCAAGCAAGGCUCGAAGAAAUAAAAGACUCAGUGGAGAACGUAUGGGGAAGAAACCCGAUGUUAUGAUGUUGAUAAAAGAUAAAGAGAAGAUUUUUGAGCUUUCAUAUGUUGAAUCCUCUCGCAUCAAGUGUACUGAAACAAAAAAAAAUGCGAAGUUAUGGAGAGAAACAUUGGAUGGG